CAGUACAAGGUGCGGCAGAGAAAAACAGAUACGGGAUACCGUCGGGCGCUAGCUAGCGGCUAGUGCGGUAUUAUUUAUUUUUAGUCCCUGUUUCUAAGCAAAAUCCGCCAUUGGAUGAAGAUUUUUUUAAACUGAGAAACCUAAGUAGCUUGUUAGAUAUUCAUAAGUUUUAAAGAGUAGCUAAAUAAAAGCAGGGUCAGGCCAACAUCUUUACCCUCAGCCGGAAUUCAACGAAGCUAACGUUGUGUAGCUACUUCAGGAUAGCUAGCGGGCUAGCUUUCACAAGUGUGUCAACGCCGAGACCUAGAUUUGACUGAAUUAGUUUUAUAUAUACCAACCCUACAAUGGCUGAUGUUGACAAGCUCAACAUAGACAGUAUCAUCCAACGUCUUUUAGAAGUCAGAGGGGCAAAGCCUGGCAAGAAUGUACAGCUGCAGGAGAAUGAAAUUCGUGGAUUGUGCCUCAAAUCCAGGGAGAUCUUUCUCAGUCAACCCAUUCUUCUGGAGCUGGAAGCACCGCUGAAGAUCUGCGGUGACAUCCAUGGGCAAUACUAUGACCUGCUGAGGCUGUUUGAGUAUGGGGGCUUCCCUCCAGAAAGCAACUACCUAUUUCUGGGUGACUACGUGGACAGGGGGAAGCAGUCUCUGGAAACCAUCUGUCUUCUGUUGGCCUACAAAAUCAAAUACCCAGAGAACUUCUUCCUGCUGAGGGGGAACCAUGAGUGUGCUUCAAUCAACAGAAUAUAUGGUUUCUAUGAUGAGUGUAAACGAAGGUACAACAUCAAGCUCUGGAAGACGUUCACAGAUUGUUUUAACUGUCUCCCAAUUGCUGCAAUUGUUGAUGAGAAGAUCUUUUGCUGCCAUGGAGGACUGUCACCUGACCUCCAGUCCAUGGAGCAAAUCAGACGCAUCAUGCGCCCAACUGAUGUCCCUGAUCAGGGUCUGCUGUGUGAUUUGCUCUGGUCUGAUCCCGACAAGGAUGUUUUGGGCUGGGGGGAGAACGACAGGGGUGUAUCAUUCACUUUUGGCUCAGAAGUCGUGGCCAAGUUCCUGCACAAGCAUGAUCUGGAUCUGAUCUGUCGCGCUCAUCAGGUUGUUGAGGAUGGCUAUGAAUUCUUUGCAAAGAGGCAGCUCGUUACUUUGUUCUCAGCGCCUAACUAUUGUGGGGAGUUUGAUAAUGCUGGUGCCAUGAUGAGUGUGGAUGAGACCCUCAUGUGCUCUUUUCAGAUUUUGAAACCAGCUGAGAAGAAGAAGCCCAACGGGAGCCGUCCCGUUACUCCCCCUCGCAACAUGGUCACCAAGCAAGCCAAGAAAUGAGAUUGGGGACAAAUGGCAGAGUUUCACUCCUCUAUUCUGCUUUCGUCUUCUGCAUUUGAAGGAUAGGUUAUCCUUCAUGCUGCCAAUAUUGAAAAGAUAUUCACUCCUACUUGAUGAAAGCAAAUAUUUUGUUGUUUUGUCCACAGGGGUAAAUUGAUAUGUCACCAUGAAAACCUCAGGUGUUUUGCACUCCAUUUUGCAGCUAGUCUUUGCCACAUAUGACUGUUCAAUCAGGAAAAUGUAACAAUACGGCUCCUUCUGCACAGGAAUGCCUUGUUUGAAGCUGUGCACAAUUUUUUCAAGUUUCUUUAAUUUCUUUGUCAUUUACCAUGUUUUUCUCACUGUUGGUAAGGGGUAAUAAUGACUAUAAAACCAAUGGGGAAAAUUCACAAACACCUGUUUACUUCUGUAAACCAUUAUUUACUGUUUAUUUACGAUCAGUGUUAUAGGAUAUUGACCUUACACUGCAUCAUCAUCACAUUUUGAAACAAGUCUUGUGCUAAAUUAAAUCAAUAAACAAG